ACUAAAUCGAGUAUAGUUUUUAAUCGACAACUUCAUCAUCAACUUUGUGCUGUCAACAGAAAAUUAAAAUGCAUAAUUUAUAUGCACAUCGUUUAAUUUUUCGGUAACAAUUCAUUUUCAUAAAUUACAAUUGUGCAAUCAUGUUAUCUGGGAAGUUGGACAUGUCUCGCGAUGAUUGCAGAAAGUAUUUACGAAGCUUAGAACUUGAUGCCUAUGCGAGUAUGGUUUCUGUAUUAAGAGCUCAAGGUCCUUUUACUCACGACAAACGAAAAUUGUUGGAAGAAUUGGCAGGAGUUCUUCAUAUUUCUAAUGAAAGACAUCGUGCUGAAAUUCGACGAGCUGUUAACGAUGAUAGGUUAACAAAUGUUGCCGAACAAUUAACUGGUCCCAACACUGGAACAGAUUGGGCAACUGAAGGUCGUCGAAUAGUUCCUUUGAUACCUCGUUUAAAAGCUCGCAAUGCUUUUACAACUCUUGCGAAUACUUUAUCUCUUGUCACUGCCAUGGCAAACAAAAAGCAACCCCUUCCUGAAAAAAGGAUAAAGGAUUCAAAUGUAACAAUGGAAACGGAUUUAGAUUCUCCGCAGACAUUUUACUCAGAAGAGGAAACUUCUGCGUCCUCAUCAAUAGAACCUGAAUUUCAUGACAAAAAGCGAAAGAGAUCAGUAACUGAGUCAUCAGAUACUGAGGGAAGCACAUGUUCUAAGGGAAAAAUUGCAAAUAAAUCUGAAUCUUUAGUUCCUAAUUUAAAUUUAGAUAAUGAGAAAAUUUCUCCUUUAACAAAUCCUUCUUGCAGCAAGAAUCUAGAAAUACCGACUAGUUUACUGUCAUCAGACUCAAAUAGGCAUAUCAGUAAUACAAACUCACCUAAAGAAUUCAAGUAUGUAGAUAAUUCAAUGACUGUAGUCACGUCUCAGAACAUUUCAGUUGUUUCCGUAGGAGUCAAUAAUUUAGCCACUAAUUCGACAGUUUCGUUUAAGGACACGAAUACUGUUACAACUGCUCAAACUGUUCAGUAUACUAGUGCCGCUGUUUCUUCUUGUAUUGGAUCGACUAUUAAAAAUAAAGUUAAUUUAUUACCUUCCCAAGUGAAAACUGCAGUGGUUGGUCCAAGACGUAUUUCUGUCACAAUGACACCUAAUAUUGCUCAACCCACAACCAGUAAAACUGAACAAGUCAAGUCACAAAAUGUACAGAUAAACAGUGAAAAAGUGACGAAUAAUUUAUCGAAAAUAGAAAUUGAAAAGACGGAGGAAGCAAGUUUAAGUAAACCCAUAUUAAAAACGAUUACGCACGUAGUGCCAAGCAGUGUAAAUACAUGUUCCGCUGAUCAGCAGACAAUGCUUGAUAUUAAUGCCCGAUUAACGAGUGUCACUUCUGAAAGCGCCAAUUCCAGUGGUCCUGGUCCACCUUGUCUUGCGACUUCUCCAACAACUCUCACAUGCAAAACAAUGACACCCAUCAAGCCAAAUAGUCAAUCAACUGCUAAAAUGAUAUUGAAUUCAAAAACCAUAAACAUAGAUCCAAAAUCGAAAACGAAUUUCGGGGGAAAAAGAAGUUUGAUUGUUCUUCAAAAAGGAAUGAAAAAAAUAAUGUUGUCUCAUGGUGGAAAGGAAGCAAGAGGCAAAGUGAUAAGUUCAGUAGCCUUGGUUCCUCGCGUACCUACAACUAAUGGCGAACAAAGCGAAAUGGAAUGUGCAAAAUUAGUCAACAAACCUGGAAGUAAAAUGGUCGUUCUAGAUAUCCGACAAGACGUCCUAGAUAAGAACAGGAUUUUUCCUCAACGUUUAGAGAAUCCGAGUGUCAUUGAAGUUGAAGCUAAAACAACUACUUUAAUUCCAACUAAAAAUAUUAUAUUAAAUGAUCAAGGAAGUAAUAAAUCAAGUAUAGCAGUGAAGGAUUCUCAGUUAAAUAAUAGUUCGAUGAUUAAACUUAUUAAUAAUGAUAAUGAAGAAAGUCAUAAAUUGUCUCCAAGUAAUGUUUUUGAAGAUACGGAUUUUGCUGCGAUUAUUGAAAAAGCAAGCGACAAAAACUUUAUUAUUUACAAUGAUAAAGAAACCGUCAUCGAUGGAACAUUAGACCCUCAAACAGGAAUUUAUGAAAUUCAUUCAUCAGAUGACGCUAUCAAAAAUGUUCAAUCUGAGGAAACACUUACAAGUGAAGAACUUGGUCAAUUUAAUACAACUGUAGAAACCGAAAUUAUUAAUUCUAAAAGUUUACAGUGCACAGAUGGUGACAAUACAAGUAGUAUAUCAGAAGAAGCUAACGAUACAUUAUUAGUCGUGGAAAAAUUAGAUAAACUGAUCAAUUCCUAAUUUUACAAUAGUUAUUAAUAUUUUUAAAAUCAUAUAAAAUUUCUGAUAAUUCCAGAUUGAAAUUAUUUCACUAAUUGGAAGAAAAAAAAUGUGUUAGAAAAAUGCAAAUAUUAAUUUAAAAAAUUGAUAUCAAUGUGAAAAAUUAACUAAUGAAUAAGUUUUCUAUACCUAUGAUCAGUUUAAAAAUAUUUUUUAAAAAAAUUUUGAGAUGACUAUACACGGAGAGAGAAUAUAUAUUAAAUUUUGUAAAAAUAUUUUCAAAUUGGGGA